AUGCUAUGUGCCAUCAGUGGGAAACCUGCUAAGAUACCGGUGCUUUCACCAAGUUCAAAAUGUAUUUUUGAGAAAUCUUUGAUCGAGAACUAUAUCAAUGAAACUGGUAAAGAUCCAAUCACAAACGCUUCAAUAACGGUGGAUAGUUUGAUUCCAGUUUCUUUGCAUGAACAGCAACUGUCCUAUACAAACUCUUUAAACUCAUCCACGCUCAAUUCAAACUAUAGUGUACCAAAUUUAUUGUCUACGUUACAAAAUGAAUUCGAUGCAAUUAUGUUGGAAAAUUUCAAAUUGAGGAAAACUCUGGACAUAAUGUCAAAGAAACUUUCCACAGCCCUCUAUGAAAGGGAUGCUGCUAAGUUAGUGGCGGCAAAUCUGCUGAAUGAAAAGAAAACGACUCUAGAGGACAUCACUAUGAUUGUUUCAAAUAUUAACGAUGAGAAUUCAUCAAUGGAGAAAUUUAAUGAUACUUUGAUGAGUGAAUCCAAGUCUUUUGUGAAAUUAACGAAGAAAAACAAGUACGGUUCCAAUUUACAAUGUGACUGGAAGUUAUCCACUAAAUAUUUAUAUUCAUUAUCUGAUCAUCCAAGUUUAAAAACCGUUACAAGUUUACAGGGCAAUACCAUCAAAUCAGCAGUAUAUGAUGACUCUAAGAAGGCAUUUAUUGUUAUGGAUGGAUCUGUAGAAACCAAUUCAGAAGCCCCCUACGAUUCACAAAACCCUUUCAAGUACAUCACUAUAACAAAUUCAAGGAAAAUUCUGUUCCAAGACUCGGAAAAUAAAGUUUUUACCUACGACAUUGACUCACAACAAGUACUUCAAUCGAUAGAAUUACAAAGCGGCGCCAUCUUCAUCAAUGAACAUGAAUACAUAAUGAAAGACUACUUCCUGAUAGUAGAGACGACGGGGAAGGCCAUUUUUAAGCCCUAUAGUGGCGGUAAAACUAUAAAUAUACUGCCUGGCAGUUCCUUCGAUAAGUACCACUCUGCAUCCUUGCAUAAAGAUGGCAUUCUUUUAGCACUAGUUAAUGACACAAAUGUCGACAUCUAUAACUUACUGAAACCAAAUGAGUUACCAACAACUUUCCGUUUAAACAAUGAAAUCAAGGAGGGAAACAUGAUUAAGAUGGUACAAUUUGCCUCAAAUGGGUACUGGAUGAUUGUCAGGACGGAUUCACACGUAUUUUCUUUUGAUUUAAGGUCGGAUCCUGGCACCUUGGCCAUCGAGCCAUUACCGGUGGAUGCCGAUGUAUUAAUCGAUCUACACCAUUCUGGAAGGUUCCUAGUGACGGUAAAGAAGGAAGAUAUGAAGCUUCUCAUUCAGAGUUUUCAAUAUACGAAAUAUACCAAUGGGAAGAAAUGGGAACUAGAAAAUGAUACUACGGUCAAGCUAACUAAAAAAGCAAAUUCGGAGAUAGACUCAAUUCAUUUACUUUAUGAUGACAAGAACCACUGCGAGAUCAUCUUGAAGUAUGAGACAUUUGUGAAAUAUAUAAAGUAA